UAUAACCUUAAACACAACAGACUUCAAUAAUUAAUUGCUUAGUAAUUCUUUGUUUUUUAUAUUGCAAUAUAAAUUAAAAAAUAAAAAAAAGUAUUCAAAAAUGCCUGUAGAAAAGAAAACCAAACCGAAAAAUGAAGAAGCAAAAAAACCAGCUCAAGCUGAUGAUGCGAAAAAUAAGACCGCUGGUGAAAAAGAAGAGCAACAAGAAAUGUCAGAUGAAGAUCAACAGCUGCAAGAUGAGCUUAACAUGCUCGUAGAACGUCUUCAAGAAAAUAACGAAAUGUUGUAUAUGCCUACAUUGGAAACUAUGCGUAGCAUGAUUAGAGCAUCUACAACAUCUAUGACUGCAGUACCAAAACCACUUAAAUUCAUGCGUCAGCAUUAUGAAACUAUGAAGGAGGUUUAUAAAAAAAUGCCUAAUGAUGAUUGUAAACAAACUUGUGCUGAUAUCAUUUCUGUUUUGGCUAUGACUAUGGGAACCGGAAAGGAAUGUUUAGUAUAUAGAUUUUUGUGUGAUCCUGAUCAAAAAAUUGGAGAUUGGGGUCAUGAAUAUGUACGUCAUUUAUCUAGCGAAAUUUCAGUUAACUGGCAUGAAACUUCUGACAAUUUUCAAGAACGUCUAAUCAAUUUAGUUAAGCAGAUCGUUCCAUAUAAUAUGGAACACAAUGCAGAGGCUGAUGCAUGUGACUUAUUAAUGGAAAUUGAGCGUUUAGAUUUAUUAGAAGAACAUGUAGAUGAAAGUGCGUACCCUCGUGUUUGUUUAUAUUUAACAAGUUGUGUUCCAUAUGUUCCAGAACCAGAAAAUAUAACUAUUCUUGAAGUUGCUUUAAGAUUAUCAAGAAAAUUUCAGAAGCACACGCAAGCAAUGCGUCUCGCUUUAAUGCUAAACAGAAUAGAAACAAUUGAAGAAAUUUUUACUGAAGUAAAAGAUACAGGUAUUCAAAAACAAUUGGCUUUUAUGUUGGCUCGGCAGCAAAUUUGUUUAGAAUUGAAGGAAUCUACAACAGAUUAUGACGACUUGAUGGAAAUUAUGUCCAAUGCACACUUAAAUAACUAUUUUUUGAAUUUAGCUCGAGAACUAGAUAUUAUGGAACCUAAGACUCCAGAGGACGUUUACAAAUCCCACUUGGAAAACACACGAACACCAUUCGCCUCAACUCAAGUUGAUUCUGCAAGACAAAAUUUGGCUGCCAGUUUUGUUAACGGAUUUGUAAAUGCUGGAUUUGGCGUUGACAAAUUACUUACAGAAGAUGGAAAUAAGUGGUUGUAUAAAAAUAAGGAACAUGGUAUGUUGAGUGCAACAGCAUCUCUUGGUUUGAUUUUAUUGUGGGAUGUUGAUGGUGGAUUAACAUCAAUCGAUAAAUAUUUGUAUUCAACUGAAGAUCAUAUCAAAUCUGGAGCCUUAUUAGCUUGUGGUAUCGUAAAUUGUGGAAUAAGAAAUGAAGUUGAUCCAGCUCACGCACUUUUGUCUGACUACAUUCUUCAUCAAAAUACAUCAAUGAGAAUAGGUGCGUUAUUAGGUUUAGGUAUAGCCUACGCUGGAUCUAAUCGAUCAAUUGUAAUCGAUUCUUUAAAACCGGUUUUCAAUAAUGAGAAAAAAAAUGCUCCAAACAGUGAAGUAUUGGGAAUUGCUGCACUAUCUUUGGGUUUAAUUGCGGUUGGCUCAUGUAAUGCAGAAAUAACAGAAAUUUUAUUGCAUACUCUCUUGGGUCGUAGCGAAACUGAGUUAAAAGAUACUUAUACAAAAUUUCUAAUUUUGGGAUUAGCAUUACUAUAUUUAGGCAGACAAGAGGCUGCCGACGCCGUAAUGGUUACUUUGGAAGUUUUAGAAGAACCUUGGAACUCAUAUGCAACCACUAUGGUUGAAAUGUGCGCUUACGCAGGUACUGGUAAUGUACUAAAAAUUCAACAUUUAUUGCAUAUAUGUUCUGAACAUUAUGAACCAUCAUCAAACGAUAGUUCUGAUGAAAAGCAAUCUAAAUCAAAUACAUCAACAACAAGCUCAGCAUCAUCUGCUUCAACGACAGCCACAUCUAGCAGUACUACUACACAACAAAAAGAAAAGACUGAUAAAGAAAAAGAUUUGUCAGCUACUCAAGCUAUUGCCGUCUUGGGAAUUGCAUUAAUUGCAAUGGGCGAAGAAAUUGGUGCUGAUAUGGCUUAUAGAUCCUUUGGGAAUCUUUUAAGAUAUUGUGAACCCUGUAUUAGAAGGUCUGUACCAUUAGCUCUGGGGUUAAUUUCUGUUUCAAAUCCAAAAUUAAACAUUUUGGACACUUUGAGUAAAUUUUCUCAUGAUAAUGAUGUAGAAGUUGCACAUAAUGCUAUAUUUGCAAUGGGUUUAAUUGGAGCAGGUACAAAUAAUGCACGUUUAGCAGCUAUGCUACGUCAACUUGCCCAAUAUCAUGCUAAAGACCCAAAUAAUUUAUUUAUGGUACGCAUAGCUCAGGGUUUAACACAUUUAGGCAAAGGAACAUUAACUUUAAGCCCGUAUCAUAGUGACAGACAAUUAAUGAAUCCAGUUGCUGUAGCUGGCCUAAUGGCGACUCUUGUUGCUUUUCUGGAUGUUAAAAAUAUAAUUCUUGGAAGAUCACAUUAUUUAUUGUAUACAUUGGUUCCUGCAAUGCAACCUAGAAUGUUAAUUACUUUUGAUGAGCACUUAAAUCAGUUACAGGUACCAGUUCGUGUUGGUCAAGCUGUGGAUGUUGUUGGACAAGCUGGUAAACCAAAAACAAUUACCGGUUUCCAAACACAUACAACACCAGUUUUAUUAGCGAUGGGUGAACGUGCUGAAUUAGCAACAGAAGAGUAUAUUUCAUUAACACCCAUAAUGGAAGGUUUUGUUAUUUUAAAGAAAAAUCCAAAUUAUGUUAAGUGAAAACAUUGAAAACAACUCUAAAUCGUAAUUUUUUCAUAUAUUUAAGAUAAUGUAUUAAACAAUAACAAGAAAUAAAAAAACUAAAAA